AACUUGCCCACCGCCACCAUCCCCCACCUAAUAUAAAAGUACAAAAUAAUAAUUCAGUGGUUUCACACCAAAUCGUUGUAAUAAUUCAAUGGACUUUCUAAAAUACCACCACAAUCGCCACCUCAGCUCCGCCACAAGCAACCGAUCAGUUUCCGACGCCGAUUCCCAACUCGACGAGUUCCACUCACCGCUCCGAGCCAACUCACCUCAUCUUUCCGAUUCCAUCAUCACCGAUAAUCACACUCCUUACCGAUCUCCACUUUCCAACAAUGUCGCUCCAUUAGCAAAAUCAAAAUCACCUGCCGGAAACUUUAACCGGCCGGUGCGGGAAGAUGUGGUGGUCGCCGUCGCCGGAAGUAGAAAGUGGGCCAUGGUUGAGAAAGUGGGGUUAGGGUUUAGGGUUUGUGAAGCGGUGUUUAGCUUGAUUGCUUUUAGUGUUAUGGUUUCUGAUAAAACUCAAGGCUGGAGUGGUGAUUCUUUUUAUAGAUACAAAGAAUAUAGGUACUUGGUAGCAGUGAAUGUUAUUGCUUUUGCAUAUGCUGCAUUUCAAGCCAUUGAUUUGACAUACCACUUAGUUUACAAAAGACAUAUCGUUUUAUAUUCUCUUCGUAGUCAUUUUGACUUCCUAAUAGAUCAGAUAUUGGCUUAUCUUUUGAUCUCAUCAUCAUCUUCAGCAGUCACAAGAAUCAAUGAUUGGGUUUUAAAUUGGGGUAGUGACGAGUUUAUAAAAAAGGCUUCUGCAUCUACAGUGAUGUCUUUCUUGGCUUUUCUUGGUUUUGCAUUUAGCUCUCUUAUAUCUGGUUACGAUCUCUGUAAUCAAAAUCCUAUCUGAUCGUUUUUAUGAACAUCCAAAUCAGGUUUUAAAUGAUAAAUAGUAGGUUGAUGAUGGAGUUCAAAGAGGUGAACUGAAAUGUGUACAGUUUGUACAGAUAGGCAAUCUGAUAGAGGGAUCAAAGUACCACUUUUCUUUUGAAGUCUGUAAAACAGUUCUGCUAAUUGGGUGAAGUAAAAUGAUUAUUUGCAUCCAUAUAAGGGGCCAUAGUUUCAUGUGUUGGCUAAAACAAGUAAAUUGCUGAUUACAUUUUCGUA